AUGGCUGCAUUAGACUUACGGGUAGAUCAAAGAGUUCUAGAAGCUAAGGAAAAUGUGGCAGAAGAUCCGCAGUUUAGCAUAUUAAGAGUAUUUGAGUUGAUUAAGUUUGAGAAUUAUAGUCAUUACUGCGCCAAACACGAAAGUUUACUCAAAGAAGAACUGGAGCUCAUCCAGAAAGGUAUGGAAACCGCAGUUAAGCUUUGUGACUGGUACAGGGAACGGCUAUCUUCACUUGACAAGCGAAAACGCCUUCUGGGACAGGGAAUGGUGGCUCUGGAAGUUGCUGUGCAUGAACAAAAGCUUGACUUUCUGCGAGCUCAUAUCACCGAGCUGAAUAGGCGCAUGAUUUCUUUGAUGGAAAGCCGUGAACGUGGAUUUCCUACUCAUGUAAAUUUACAGAAAAACAAUCUUCCACAAUCGCAUGACGAUCACCUCGCUUGGCUUCAUCGUCAAAAUCUUUUGCUCAACCAGGAGCUCGGUGAUAAGACAAAAUUGCUGGAAGAUCUCAAGAAAGAGAAGGAAAACACUAGCAACAACAGCUCAGAUCGUUCCGUCAGCGUACAACGCAUACAACCAUCGAGACCUGCUCCAUCUCACCAGAGGCCAUCAGCAUUUGUCCGACCAGCAUUUCAUUACCAGCAGAUGCAAAACGUAGCUGCAUCGCCUGUCAAAACCUAUGAUACCCUCAUGUGAACAGAAUUGUCAUACUAAUCAUACUGUAACUGACUCCUAAUCUCAGCAAUGAUGUACACUCUACUAUAUGUUGUUUACUUUCGAUGUGCAGCUAAUAUGCUCAAACGUUCACACGUUAAUUUUAGAGCGGCACUGUAGUCAGUUUACAUGUGUAUACAUAUUUUCUCAGCAUUCAAAUUAUAUCAUGUUUUGUAAUCAAAUAAAUGUAUUAUUC